AUGAUAUUUAAUGAUUUCCAUAAGAAUAGUAGAAACGACAAUGAUUUAUAUAACUACAGUGAAAACGAAAAUGAUUUCCAUAACUACAGUGGAAUCGACAAUGAUUUCCAUAACUACAGUGGAAACGACAAUGAUUUCCAUAACUACAGUGGAAACGACAAUAAUUUCCAUAACUACAGUGGAAACGACAAUGAUUUCCAUAAUUACACUGGAAACGACAAUAAUUUCCAUAACUACAGCGGAAAUGACAAUGAUUUCUAUAACUUCAGUGGAAACGACAAUGAUUUCCAUAAUGACACUGGAAACGACAAUUAUUUCCAUAACUACAGUGGAAAUGACAAUGAUUUCUAUAACUUCAGUGGAAACGACAAUGAUUUCCAUAAUUACACUGGAAACGACAAUAAUUUCCAUAACUACAGUGGAAAUGGCAAUGAUUUCUAUAACUUCAGUGGAAACGACAAUGAUUUACAUAAUUACAGUGGAAACGACAAUAAUUUCCAUAACUACAGUGGAAACGACAAUGAUUUCUAUAACUUCAGUGGAAACGACAAUGAUUUCCAUAAUUACACUGGAAACGACAAUAAUUUCCAUAACUACAGUGGAAACGACAAUAAUUUCCAUAACUACACUGGAAACGACAAUAAUUUCUAUAACUUCAGUGGAAACGACAAUGAUUUCCAUAAUUACACUGGAAACGACAAUAAUUUCCAUAACUACAGUGGAAACGACAAUGAUUUCCAUAACUACAGUGGAAAUGACAAUGAUUUCUAUAACUUCAGUGGAAACGACAAUGAUUUCCAUAAUUACACUGGAAACGACAAUAAUUUCCAUAAUUACACUGGAAACGACAAUGAUUUCCAUAAUUACACUGGAAACGACAAUAAUUUCCAUAACUACAGUGGAAACGACAAUGAUUUCCAUAACUACAGUGGAAACGGCAAUGAUUUUUAUUAUAACAGUGGAAACGACAAUAAUUUCAAUAACUACAGUGGAAAUGACAAUGAUUUCUAUAACUUCAGUGGAAAUGACAAUGAUUUCCAUAAUUACACUGGAAACGACAAUGAUUUCCAUAAUUACACUGGAAACGACAAUGAUUUCCAUAAUUACACUGGAAACGACAAUAAUUUCAAUAACUACAGUGGAAACGACAAUGGUUUUUAUUAUAACAGUGGAAACGACAAUAAUUUCCAUAACUACAGUGGAAACGACAAUGAUUUCCAUAACUACAGUGGAAACGACAAUGAUUUCCAUAACUACAGUGGAAACGACAAUGAUUUCCAUAACUUCAUUUGA